GAGCCACCGUGCCCAGGGCCCCCGACAGAAACAAGCCGUCGCCGCGUCCCACGCGUCCCAGCCGGGCUGCUAGCCCCCAACGCUCGCCAUCCCAUGCAUGGCCCGGGCGACACUGGAUAUGAACGCGGCGGGGCACGGAGCGCGCGGCGGGGGCCACCUAGGCAACGGACCACUCCCCUUCAGCGUCGAGUCGCUGCUGGAGGCAGAGCGCGUACGGGGUUCCGAGCCUGGGGAACUCGGGGAGGAGAGGCCUCCGGGCACCUCGAAGCCCGGAGCCUGGCCCCCACCGGUCGCGCACACGUGCCCCCCACGUGCCCCCAGCCCUCCACCCUGCACCCUCCGAAAACACAAAACCAACCGCAAGCCACGGACGCCCUUCACCACCGCGCAGCUGCUGGCGCUUGAGCGCAAGUUUCACCAGAAGCAGUACCUGUCCAUUGCCGAGCGCGCCGAGUUCUCCAGCAGCUUGAGCCUCACUGAGACUCAGGUCAAGAUCUGGUUUCAGAACCGCAGGGCGAAGGCCAAGCGGCUGCAGGAGGCCGAGCUGGAGAAGCUGAAGCUGGCAUCCAAACCUCUACUGCCCGCGUUUGCCCUGCCCUUCCCGCUGGGCACCCAGCUGCACGGCUCCGCGGGCACUUUCGGUGGCAGCGCUGUUCCUGGGAUCCUCGCCGGGCCAGUGGCAGCUUAUGGCAUGUACUACCUGUCGUAGACCAUGGAACCUCUUGGGCUCAGGCCUGCACCACAGUUCCUCCCGCCGCGGAUGCCCCUGGUAACUUCUGGUCUUUUAGGUAUCUCUUUCAUUUUAGUUUUUCGCUUUUUUUUUUUUUCCUGUUCAUACGAUAUUAUAUUUGAUGACUGGAGCUUGUAGGUAUCUUACAAACAUUUUAAACCUUCCUAAAGCCAUGUUCACAACAUUCUGUUUUCUGAAAGAAAACACAGCUUCAUUCAGUUCUUGAAAUGGACAAAAACAGAUCUUCUGCUUCUUACAAAGCAGCCGACAAAGUACUUCUGGAUGUGCUCCUUAUAUCUCACUCUGCCCUGACACCGAGGACUUUUGAGAGGCUCUUUUGGACUGGCAUAAAGAAAAUUCCAUAAUAAGAAAUUAAAAUGAGGUAAUAGGACUGCUAGGAAGAAACUUAGAAAUUAUUGUCACUCUAAUGUGAAUGUGGUACAUUGUGAUCAAAUGGAAACUUUACACUCAUUUUAUGUUUUACUCCAUUAUUAAUUUUAGAGUAUACAAUGUUCAAGGAGCUGAAGGCAAAAUGCUGCACGGGUGGAAGAGCGGGGGAGGUGAUGUGCAGCUGGCACCAAGAGCUAAAGUAAGGGUGGUGGCUGGGAAGUGCCUGCUGAGCUUCGAAAUGAGCCUGCUGAGGGAGACUGUCGCUGUCAAGCUGAAGGCAGCGGCCACAGGGACUAAUCCCUAGCCUCUUGCCAGCAGCCUCUUGCCCAACCAAUAAAGAGAAGAAACUGAUGGCUGAGUGAGGCCUGCAAAGGUCCCAAAGGACUUUCCUGUGGUGCCAGAGGCCCCUGAUGCGCCUUAAAAAAAUGGUGGACUUUAGAAAUCCAGACAACUAUCUUUAUUUAAGGGGGGUGGGGAGUGGGAGCAGACCAUCCGAGCUGUUCUGUCCAGUUGCCCCUGCAGGGUUCUCAACCCUGUCGCUGUCGAUGGCACUGCUAAAACCUGUGGCUUUUUUCCACAGUAAGCUUUUUUUGCUUAAGGCUGGAGUUAUACUGAGGGCUCACGGAGGUCCCCUGGAGUCACAGCUCGCCGUUGCAGACAAGCCCCUCUUUCCUGCUGCUUCCUUGGAGCUGGAGAGAAAGAGCCAAGAGAAAAAGCUACGGAGGUGCUGGUUGUGAGUGUAUGAGGACGAGGACUUUCACAGUGACAGCCCUGGGUUAGGCUGUUCUGGUUGGGAGGAAGGGGAGACUGAGCUAUGCCCAGCAAUCCAAGCCAAGACAACUAACUGCUCCAGGAAAACUGCUGUCCUGUGGCCCUCACUGCUGCAUCUACUCCAAGUAAAAUAGAAGAGAUAACGUUGCACGGAAGUGCCUAUUGACAUCCAUUGACAUCCUCUGCCCUGUGCCUCUUGGAAAGUGGAAACCAGAUAGGUUUUAUUUUGCUUUGAGACAAAAUCUUCACUAUGCAGCCCUAACUGGCCUAGGGCUUGCUAUUCUCCAAGGGAGGGCCUUAGGUUCACAAAGGUCCACUUGCCCCUGCCUCCUAAGUGCUGGGAUUAAAGGCAUACAUCACCAUGCCCAGCUAUGUGAGUUUUUUUUUUUUAAGUUAAAUGGUUCAUUUUGGGGGUAUCAGAUGCAUACAGUGAAGCAUAACUGUCAGGGAUAGUGCCUGUCUCUCACAGGAACUUGUACAGAAUCCCUCAGCCUAGGCUGUUUAAACUUAAACCCAGUCCCUACUGCCACACUCAAGAGGUCAGACCCUCUCUCGGUGUGGAAAUACUGAUGUGCAGAGGAUCUGGUGGUCCUGAGCUCUCCCCCACCAAGUCUGCUUCUUGCAGGCCCUGGCUAACCUGGAACUACUUGUGUUGCCCAGGUUAGCUUCAGACACAAAACAACUCUCCUACCUUACCCUGCUGAGUCCUGGACCUACAGGCAUGAGCCACUACACCCAGCCAAGCUGCUGCCUCUCAAGUCUCACCAUUGCUUCGGCGUUGCUCUCAAAUCUGAGGUAUCUGAGUGGCUCUGGGCAAACCAUAGGCAGGUACAACCAUGGCUAGUGCCUUGGCAAUCCUGAAACCACAGGAAAAUGAAAACCGAAUGUACAUUUCAGGGAAGCAGGGUGUGUGCCAGCCUCCCCCCUCAGAGUGGAGCUAUAGCUGAGUGGCAGUUCUGCAUCUGCUGGCCAAGAGCAUGUAUCGGCAGCGGCCACCAAAGGUGAGCAGAAACUGCUGGUCAGCUGAGCGCCCGGCUGGCUAGUGUGUCCCUCUGACUCAAAACACCCAGCCAGGAAUAGUCUCUUCAGAUCUUUCCACUGAGCCAGCCCAAUUAUGCAACUGGUUCCCAGAGUUCUCCCUUCAGGGUGGACAUGGCCCUGGUGGUCUAGCAGGUGGGAUGUAUCCACACCUUCACCUCAUGCCAGAAGGUGUGCUUCCUGUUACUCAGCAGUGUUUGCUCUGGGGACAAGGCUGAGGCACACCUGUCAAGACUGACACCUUCCUGGAGAGAGCUGCCUACCAGCCUUAUUACAGGAUUACAGGACUCAGAUCCCUGCUGGUCCCAGCCAGGACUUGAAGCUGUGCAUACCCACCGAUCACAUUCUGAAUUCAGAUAGUAUGUCUUUGAGUUGGGAGUCUUCAAAGGCCAGUAGCAGCCCAGAGCCAGUUGUGAAAGGAUUCCCUUAUUGUGAAGGUGUAUCCUUGGGCCUGCAUCCAUUUGGCAUCUUAUGGAUGAACUUCUGAAUUCCAGUGUCCUGGCUUCCAGUCUAAACCCUAUCAGCUGCCAGUUCUGGACCACUGAGGGUAGACUUGGAGACCCUCCUUCACCCUUGGGAACUUGUAUCAGGGAGGUCACUAGACUAAGAGGCUUAAAAGCUAUUCAGGGUGGACCAUGCUUUUCUGGGUAUGAAACAGGCAGGACAAAAAUAGGCAAGCAGUGAAAUGGCAUGGACUGCAGGCGACCCCUGGCAGAGCCUAAAUACAGAGGACUGGACUGUGGCUUACCCAUCGAGUGUAAGUGUCUCAUCUGUCCCACUAGAAAGAUACAAUGGAUAUGUUGGGUGGGUAUGGGUGACCAGAGUACUGCCUGAGCUCUGGGAAACAGUCCUGAGGUCCUCAAGGUCAUGAUCACCUCCGGAGAGAGCCAGGGCUCAUGUACCUACUGGCUUCCAAACAGAACAGGGGCUGGCCACUCCUACCAGCUUUGCCCCUUCUGGGUCUGGGUCUAGAGGCUGAUCUAAGAUCUCUAACACAGUGACCCGAGGGCAUGGGUACUGUGCUGUGGGCCGUUCAGAGGGUGAAGCCUGGUCAGUCCUGUUAGUGUUUCUAGAAGGGACUCUUCAGGUCAGACUAAGAUCCUGGAUGAUGUAAGAGAUCUGAAGGGCAGCCUCUCCUAGGGAUUUCUGCACAGUUGAAACAUAAUAAAGGUCAUGGGGCAGGCACUAAAGGACAAUGCCAUCUCUUCCUUACUGGAGGAAUGGUGAGCAUAUUUCAGCUGAG